AUCCACUCUGAAAUUCAAAGAAGUAAAGUGAAUCAUCUGAUUAAAAUUAAUUAAAUAAUAACCGUAAGUCCGAGACGACUGAUUGUGAGAUGCAAACGCGAGGCCAAUAGAGAUCAUUCCUCCAUUAUUAUAAGAGAUAUGAUCAAUUUUCUUCACACGACAACAUAUGUCAGUAUCUUGAUUUCCGUGAUUUUUAAACAAAUUUUAGGAGUGAUUAGAAUAUCUCACAAAGAAUCAAUAUCAAAAUGCUGACGAUGAGUCAACUAUCUUCCCUACUGCCAGACGAUCGACCUAUUAGUUCGAUCGCCGUUGUUGAAGACGUUGAAAAAUGUCCGCCAAAUUUUUCUGUGGUAUCUCGAACUUAUGAUCAGGACUCUGAUGCAGAUUUAUGGAGAGAGAGUGGUCUGUUUAUUAAAAAAAAGGGCCGAUAUAUCUGCCUGUCUAAGACUGAAGGUUUAGCUGACUGCGUGGUAGAAGAUAUUGUUGUUAUUAAUGAAAGAGAACUGCCACCUGAAGGCUAUUCUAUGAUAGCUCGCACAAUUGAUUCGGAACAAAAAGCUUGGCGGAAAAGGCAAUUAUGCUAUAAAGUGAGGCACAAAGAUUUGUGUACAGUGGCUGUGACAGAUAUUAUUAUAUGUAGUCGUAUUAAGAAAGCCCCAACAGGAUUUACUUAUGCUGGGGAAGUUAAUGGAGUAACAGUAUGCUACAAAACGAGUCAAAUUUCAAACAACAAUUCUAGUUCGUCCCAGCCUUACGCCAAUAUCAAUUCAUUUCAAAAUGUGUCUCCAAAUCCGUCGGCAGGGGUUCCUCACAGACCAGCACCAGAGAGACCUCCAAAGCCAAAAUUCUCACCCAAACCUCCAAAUGGUGCGAUUUAUCCUCAGAUAAAAUCCAAUCCAGAGGAAGGUGGGGACUUGGAUUAUGAGGUCCUUAGUCCCAGUGCAGGAAAAAUUAAGCCAACAAGGCCCGCCCCACGUCCUCCUGUAACUUCUUCUCUUGGCAACUCUAUAUAUGCAACUAUGUCUGGGACCUCUGACCUCGACGGGGUGCCUUUCAUCCUCAAUUCUCUCCUCAGCAGAGAUAUGAUUCCUGCCAUUAAUGAUCUCCCUGUAAUGAAGGUGCGGACCCAAAAGGAUUUGGACAAAGAGUACUAUUACGAUUUUCGAGUUGAACGGCAAACAUAGGGAAGAAAAGAAUCAAAACAUUGCAAUUUCGACUUGAAUUAUAAAUAUCAAAUUUAUAAUACCGAUAUAGCCCUAGUGACGAGUAAUAGAGUGCCUGAAUGAGUGAUUUUUACUAACACUAUAAACAGAAAUUAUUUAAUUAUCAAACCUUAGAGUAUUAAUUAUUAAGUUAAAUACAAAUUAGGCGGCAUACAUGUUGUGUAACGGAUAAAUUUGUGUCCCUGGAAAUCGUAACUCUUCCCAAAUGUAUCACACUCUACAUUUUGAUACCAGUGAUGAUUAGUGUUGUAUUUUUAUAGUUCGUAGAGCUACAUGAUAGUUGUAUCAUAAAUCAUAGUUGUUUAUCAAAUAUUCAAUAUUAUAUUCAUAUACUCGUAAUAAUUAUUCGGCGAAGACAUUUUCCAAUAAAGUCAUUUUACUUUUAAA